UUUGAAUCGUCUCAAAACACCGUCACAGUCGUUUUCUUGGUGUUUUUGCCUGAAUAAGUUGCAGAAAUGGCUAAAGAAAACCUGAAGAAGAUGAAGUACUCUGAACUUCAAAAAAUAGCUAAAUCGCUUGGCAUAAAAGCUAACAUGAAAGCCGAUAGAUUGAUGAAAGCUAUCAUUGCUGCAAGUGGUACGCAAGACAAUGAGGUGGAAAAGCAAGAAAUGGACAAAGAGAACUCUGCCAAUGAAAAGCCAAAGAAGAAGAGGAGUACGUUUGAGGUGAUCAAGGACCCAGCUUGCAAGACACCACAGUCAGAAAAGCCUCAGAAAAAAGAGGACGCCCCAACCCAGAAAAUAUCUUCGGAUCCGACAGCAGGGAAAGCUUCUGAUGAAAACCAAACGUUCAAGAAAACGAAGAGGAAUACAUUCGAAGUGAUCAAGGAUGAAACGAAAAAGGUGCAUGAGCCUGAAAGUCCUGCCAUGGAUUCCUCACCACCGGAAAUGUCCACAGAACUCGUAAAGGAGAAGGUGUCCCAUGAAAAACGUCCACGAUCGAAGGUCAAGAAAACGAACACAAUCGAAGUGACGAAGAAUCAGACAAGAAAAACACGACAGUCUGCGAGCCCUGGGGUGAAGGGCAUGUUGGAUUCCCUCAAGCCAGACAUGUCUUCUGAUCAGAUGAAGAACAGUUUGAUGGCGGCUUUAGAGAAGACCGUGGGAGAAAAAAAAUCGAAAGAUCAUUCAGAGCAUACAAGUAUCCCUCGGUUUGCGGCUUUCCUUGCGAAGAGAAAGGAGGCGUCUGCAAAGAAGCCCAUCACACCUGGGAACAAAGACUGGACAAAGAUUCACCAGCGCCAGAUGGACAAACUCGACUCGAUUGAUUCCUACCUUGUGAAAAAGAGGAAGAGAAUUGAGACAUUAACGACACCAGCAAACGCGGUGAAGAAGGCAAAGUUGGUGGCACAGGAAACGCAAUCUGCCUUGGAUCGACUGAAGAAGAGUGGUGCAAAGGUAGUCAAGCCAGUCACUCGCAAAUCCCAACCAACUGCGAAUGGAUUCGUUCCCAGUGUGACGUCUACUGCAGGCAUGAAGUUCAACUUCACAUCCACCUCCAAGCCGCCGAGGUUCUCUGCCGGGAAAGCUCCGAAGACGCCGGCAAUCUUGGGGGAUUGCAAACUUGCUAAACCAGCGACAGCACUGAAGGAGAAUACAGAAAAGAGGACCUCCGUUCACCUGGGAAAGAAAACUCCAUUCAAAGGUAGCAACACGACCAUUGCUGCAAGUCCCAAAAAACCUGUGUUCGAUCUCAAGGCUAGCCUGGCAAAACCUAUAUCAUGGAAGCCGCACACUGGCAAAUUGAAACCAUUCGAGGCAAAUUCAAAUUGUGUAGCACCCAAAACCCCUGGGAAACCCAGCCUACCAGUAGCUAAGACCCCAGGGAAAGACACAGUAAAACAGCAUCAGGCUCUUAUCAAGAAGAAACCAGGCCCACGUACUAGGGAUGGUCGAAGACAAGAGGUCGCAGCAAAGAGAGCGAACAGGAAGUUAGACAGCCAGAUGAAACGCCGUGGAAUCACUUCGUAAUCGUAGGGUGACCAUGAUGACCUACUCCUGUCUUAAACUGACAGUCACCAGUAUGAAUCUACUGAAUGAUGGACUUUGUUGUGUGUUAAAGGCCCAGUUUUUCUGUUAAAAAUUGGACAGAUUUGAUUUGAUUUGUGACCCACCACGACAAAAUGAGUCGCACAGAAGAUGAGCCUAAAAUGACACCAGGACAUAAUAGAAGAAAUUGAUAUGCUCCGAUUUUACAAAAGGCAGACAAUGGUGAAAUGAACAACCAGUCUGUCUCAACCUGUCAAGCUCAGAGCGACAUGCGACCUGUUUUGUCAUGGCGGGUCACAUUUUAUGCUGAAUACACGUUUUAACAGAACUGUUGUUUACAAACAAUGUACAUAGGCCCUACGUGUACAUGUAGGUUUGGAAGCGAACAUUCAAAUAGAUGUCAAUGUAUAUUGACAUGGGUUGUGCAAUGAUUCAAUGAUUUAACAUUUCUUAAUUUUUUAGCAGACAAAAUAAACCAAACGUAUGAACUGGGUCUUUAAAAAUGAACUUGUAAAUAUCUGUAUAUUGGAAUAUGAUAUCAUGACAUAGAUCUAUGUGGUCUGGUUAUUUCUCAGGCAUGUUUUGUGUGAAACUUGAUAUGAGUGUCUGCUCAUAAAAAUACAUACUGAAGACCGGUUAAUAUGAAUGUAUAACACUCACGAAAUUUUGGCAGCAAACAUUGAAUUGAGUCUUCCGCCAAGUAUGAGCAAAUAAGCUUUUAGCUUCAUGAACAUUUCAGUUACAAUUUGGUGUAUGUAGGAUACUGCAAAAUUGUAAAAUACCAGUUCC